UGAAAAUGCAUUCUCAUUUCAGCACUAUCUUAUUUUGUAAGCACAGGAACAUAAGCUGCAAUAAGAUUGGUUAGCUCGCUGCCACCUACACAUGCUUUCUGACAGACUAUGCUUCUGCUUUGGAGGGAAGACUUCUAGUAAACUCACCCUACUGAGAUGUUUCUGCUGAUGGCUACAUCGGAAGUGUUCCUGAUUUUGGGCUGGAUAUGGCGGUCAGACUGCCUCUGCUCACCCACCACAUUUUUCAAGAACUGUUGGAUCCGGCGCUUCCCAGGUCUUGCAAUUGACCUGGAGAAUUCACAGAAGAAAGGAGCCCACAUCAUCAAAGUAUAUGCAGAAUCCACAGCACAGCGGUGUAGCCAGACUUGUUGCCUUCUCAAGAACGUUUCCUGUAACGUGGCAGUUUUCUACUACGAAGCCAACAACCCGAAUCUUAAGUGCUUGCACAUUUAUUGCCCAAUGCUGGAGAGCUGUAUACUGAAGCCUAAGGCCAAUGUUGUAUUAUACAACAUCACAGCAGGCAUUGAUCCAGAUCUCCUUGUGUUUGAGAAGCUCUCUUUUAAAGACAGAACUACUAAGUCUUCUUUUCAUAAAUGGGAAAGGCAUGGAAACGUAAGGGCUGCUGAUUCAGACAAAUGCCAAGACUCAACCACCACUUCUAGGGGCCUUCUCCCCGAGACCACAUCUUCUGCAGCAGUACAAGGACUAAAAACUAACAGUAAAGCUACAAGGACUGUAAGUGGCCCUGUGUACAAGAACGCGUCCAUUACAUAUUUGGAACCUACAGUGGCAUCAGUGGAAGGUCAUUUUACUACCGCGACAGACAUUAUUUCAGAAAGAAAAGGUCCAAGAGCCACAUCUGACAAUGCAACUGCACUUCCUACCUCCACAUUCACAUCCAUCAAGAUGUUGUCACAUUUACCCAGUAUGGCCCAUCUGAACACCAGCAAACACCUGAAUGAAACCAAAGGUUAUGGUGGAAGGAAUUAUACUUCAGAUGAUCAAGGCCAUAAGCCAGCUUGGGAGGGAGUAGGAAGGAAGAGCUGGUUGCUUCCAGUGAUGCUUUGUUCUUCACUCAUCCUGAUCUGUUGUUGCAGCAUUUUUCUUGCCACAGGAUGCCGUCGCAAGAGGCAUGGCCGCUAUACACCAAGACGGAGGGGAAGGGCCAGCGUACAGGCAAAAAUGGUCUUUAAUGGCCAAUAUGUCAAAUAAAGUGGAUAGUUCAAUAUCUCACAUUUCAAAAGGACAGACUAUAGUGGAUAGCUGCAUGGGUAAGAAAUGGAAAAGUAGCUGCAAUUGUUUUAAAAAGGAAUAAUUUUUUUGUCUAUUUGACGAUUACAUUAGAACAAGAUCUAAUUUUUCAGGAUAUAUGCUUUCUGUUCGCUACAGCUGACAGAGUUCCUUUGUCUAUCACUGUAGCAUCUUCUGAAAUGUCCAGUAAUGGAGGUUGUAAGGCCACAAACACUCUGUCAACAUAUCAAUAUUACAUAUGAACACUUGAGUCAGAGAAGGAAUCUAGAGGCACUUUUAUACCAAAAAUAAAUAACUGAAAAUUGCACUGAGAUGCUGCACAAUCUAAGAGCAGUUUGCAUCCUCAAACAUCCCUGUAUGUAAUAUUCAGAUUUUAACCACAUCACCCAACAACAAAAAAUAUUGGCGUUUUUGGUUUUAGGCCUGCUCCUGGAGUUAAUUGGGAUGCGGAUUCAGAAAAUUGCAUUGGAUAGACCACAUCAGUUCCAGUUUUUUAGAAAUGGUUAUCAUGAUCUUCUAUGGGGGAGCAGGUGGUGACCGGUAUGUCAUGUUCUAUAUCUCAAAAAUUAAGAGUUAAGGAACUGGUGCCAUUUUUUUGAACCAGCAGGUCAAAUAUACCCCAAAUCAGGUCUAACAUUUGAGGCAACAAAAUGUGUAUUGGCCUGUGUUAUUAUUUUAUUGCAGCCAGAACUCCAGGUGGCUUACAAUAAAAAAACAGAUAUGGUAUUUUGGUAGGACAAGGCAGCCAUGUAUGAUCAAGCCUGAAGUCCUACUAAACAUCCAGACUAGGGAGAGUACACUAACCCUGUAUGCUCUAUAAAAAAUCACCUGUUAGAUGAGAUUUUUCCAAUGGUGGGGGGCCCAUUAUUCGGAAAUGUUAAACCUCU